AAACCGCUACUGCAUCGAAAAGCUCACCCUCUUUAUAUUAUCGAUUCUAAAUUUCGCGCAGGUCUCGAUCUUCCUUCUCCAAUGGCGACCGAUUUCACAAAAGAACUGAGCAAAAACACUCUUCCAGGACCGAAGCAAACUCUACCCCUAGCUUUUGGAAUCGCAGCCGCUGGUAAUGGCCACGUAGAUCAACACCAAAAUCGUCGUUCUUGCGGUACAAAGGAAGGUAUUGAAUCUCAGAGUUCCGCCGUGGGGAGAAUACCCGAGUCUCAUGCUUCUGUUUUUGAUAUCUUUAAGAAGAUCCGUCGGGCGGAGCGAUUUGGGAUCCCCGUACGUUUAUCGGAGGCAGAAAAGCGAUUCUCUCGAGCUGAGAGGUUCGGCAUUGAUUCAGUGUGUGGACCGGAUGAAAUGGCCAAAGCAGAGGAGCUGAAGAGAAAGGCAAGAGCAGAGAGAUUUGAGCUCUUAACUCUGUCUGUGGCUACCGACGAAGAGGCAAAGAAGAAAGCUCGGCUUGCCAGAUUUGCCCCGUGUUUAUAGAAUUCCCUUUUGGUUAAACAACAAAGCAACAUCAACAAUUCUUAUGCACAGCCAAACUAUUAUUCAUUUGAUUGGCCAAUUGAACAAGCCGAGCUUACCUAUAAUAACAACUCCUUGUCUCUGAUACCCCUUAGUUAUUCGUAUCCUGAACAGUUUAAGGAUGCGGAAAUUAUUUGUAUGAACCCUAUCGAAUUGAACUCCAUUAGACGGAGGUGAAGUAUUAAUUUCUAGAACUGCACCCUCUUGAUGGGUACUUUCAUUCAAUUUUCUACAUGCCCAUUUUUGUUUUCAAAAUUAAAUUAUCUAAUACUACUAUAAUCAUCGUUCUUUUAAUGUUCAAGAAAGUCCUUCGAGUUUGAUCUAAGUAAAUGGCAAGGGCGAUAUUCUUGUUGGUUCUUUUUAGUAGGUUUAGCGAAUUGUUUGAUGAAGGCUUUCAAUGCUCAAUUGUUAUACAGUCUAUAGCUUACAGUUUCACAUUCUGUUUUCUGACCACGGUUUUAUGGAAGGCAGAACAAUGGCCUAAAAGAAGUUUUUCCAUCUGUUUCAUCCAUUUAUGAUCAACAUACUUCUGAUUUGCACCUUAUCUUACAGAUCUUAUUCAACUUUAUUAACACGGGAGAGGUUAUCUAAUUGCUUCUUUUAUCCUUCGCAGGUCUCACUUAAUCUUCAUGGGUCUUCAUGAUUUAGUUUUUUCUCCACAUUUUGCACACUGAAAUCCUGAUGCAUAGCGUUAUUGCUGUCACCCAGGUGCCUUUUGUUGAGUCGUUGUGGAUAAGAUGUGAUGGCAUGAGGCUCUUAGCCAUUCUUUUCUAUAGCCCAAGUGUUUUCUUUUUUGUUUCUAUUACUUUUGAGGAUCUGUAAGAGGAGAAAACAAAAAAAAAAUGUUGAUUGACACAGGCGAUGGAUUGAAUUCAGAAUCUUCCUUCAGUUUCAUACCA